AUGGCUUCUGGUGCUUUGUUGCUCAUAGAAGGCGAUAACCCUGAUACCUGCAAAGAGUUCAAUCAAAUUGUUUUUGUUCCCGUGCUAAUGUAUGACAAUAACUGGAAGAUUCAUGUUCUCUUUCCCAGAAUCAAUGAAGAAUCUAUAGACAACUUCGAAAUAUCCUUCAGAAAAUUGACUAAAAACCAGGUCAAAAGCAAAGCAACAUGUAUCAUUGAAUACCCCCCAAAACCAAAACCGAAAUUCAGUUUAUUUGGUCCUCAUAAAAUUGAAAUUGUUGAUCACAAAAUAAGUCGUCACGAGAUAAUUACCAACAACGAGACAUUUUGUUAUACUAAAUAUGAGUUGACACUACAGCCGUCAGAGCACAUUAUGCAAUCAGAAUUCUCUUCUGAAAACAGGAAAAUAUUUGAUGUUUCAUUGAAAACAAACAGAGAUGACCAUUUCGUUCGAAAAAUAGCGGUCGAAUUUUAUCGGGAUUUAUGUUGCUUUACAGCGGUACAGUGUCUACAAACAACUUUCACACAUUUUGAAUCGAAUUUGUAUGCCGUCACAACAGCGUCUGAAGAUAGUUUCAAAAAAAUAGCCCUAUACUCAAAAAUGUUUGAAAACCGAUAUUCUCCACAAAGUGAGUUUGUAUCACGUGUCUUUAAUUACAAGGUUGAUAUGAAAUUGUUGGAACAAAUCAAAGAUACAAACACAGAAAGAAUUGUAGAAUUAUUAAGCGAAGACCCGGCCUUUAUUUUAUACACUUUGUGUUUUGAUUCAUCUUAUACUGAAGAAGAAAAACAAGUAACACAAGAAUACCUGUCCAAAAUAUAUAAGGUCCAACCGAACGCAAGGAAUUGGAUUAUACCGUUUGAAUCAAUUCAGUCAUUACCCUUAUAUCCAAAACUGUUGUUAGCAAGAAAGAAAAGUGGAUUCGAUGCCAUUUUUGGUACGGCAAGCCGUUUGCUUUCAACUGGCCUUUUUGUUCCAACAAAAAUUACCAAAGAUGAGUUGAUAGAGGCUUCAAUGUUGUUUUACUUCAAAACAAAAUCAUUGGAAAUCAUUCCAUAA